AUGUCCCCCUGCACGCGGGAGAUCCUGGCCCACUACCUGGCCGCCUUUGGCCACCAGGAUGCUGCGCCCGAUGUCGGCGAGCGUUUCCAGGCGGUUGUCGAUCGCGAAAACCACUACCGCACCCUCUUCGCCCAGCAGCCGGACCAUGUCGACUUGCAAGACCCCCACCUGAUGAUGAUCCCCCUCUUUGACCAAGCGCCCGGGGUGCUGGUCGCACGCGAGGCCCACGAAGCAAGCGCCCUCGGCCCUGAUGGCCGGCCGGUCUUUCGCAUGAUGUUCACCCAGUGCCCCGAGGGGCAGCGCUUUCGCAAGGGCCCCGGCCAGCCGGCCACCGCCGGGACCCUUGCGGCCUUCCACCGGAACUGGGAGCUCUUCACGGAGAAUGCCCUGCGCUAUGUCAAUUGGGACAAUGUCAUCGUGGCGGGCGGCGCGGUCCUGGCCAGCCUCAUGCCGGUCUUCGACCCGGACACCUCUCUCACAUUCGUGGAGGAUGCCGAUGUGGCCUCGGGGCAGGUGGCCCAGGCCCGGGCAUUGCUCCAGGUGGACUCCUCCACGCCCAUGCUCACCGGCGCCGCGGCCACCCCCCCGGGCGAGGACAUCUCCCCCAAGCGCCAGCGGUACCUUUACCACAAUGUGCUGUACCGGUCUUCCGACAUCGACCUCUUCAUCUACGGCCUGGAUGAGGAAGCCGCCCGGGCCAAGCUCCUGGAGCUAUAUGAGGCCAUUUCCAAUGCCAUCCCCCAUGGGACCUUGGUCUUCCGCUCGAAGUACGCCGUGUCCAUUGUCAGCCAGUUCCCCUAUCGCCAUGUGCAACUUGUCCUCCGCCGGUAUGCCUCCCCGGCCGAGGUGCUCAUGGGGUUCGAUGUGGACUGCUGCAGUGUGGCCUUCGAUGGGCGGCAAGUUUAUGCCCUGCCCCGUGCCCAUGCGGCGCUGGUGUUCCAGCGGAACACCAUUGACAUGUCCCGGCGGUCGCCCUCCUACGAGACCCGGCUGGCCAAGUACGCGGCCCGUGGCUUUGCCGUGCGGAGCCCCUUCUACGAAUUGGCCCGGGUGGAUCCGCAAAUUUUGGAGCGCUCUUUCGACCGGGUCCAGGGCCUGGCCCGGCUUCUGGUCCUCGAGCGCCUCCGGACCCCGGCGGCCGUCCAAAAUUAUCGCGAUGAGCAGCGCCUUCGCCGCAUGCGCAGCCCCUCCAAAGAGGCCCUCGGGCCGGGAAACGCCCUUGUCGGCAGCCCCCCGGCCGGGGGGUACCUUCGACAGCAGAUCGAAGACCGCCUCAGCGGCGACCCCUUUCUCCGGGACCAGCUGCUGGGAAGCGACAUCAGCCACUUGUCGGACUAUGCCACGGUCUUCCUGCCCUGGGGGCCCAGCUGGAAUGCCCGAGCCAUUCAGCAUCUCAUGGCCGGCAAGGACGCCAUGCUGAAUUCCCCCUGGUUCGAUCGCCGCAAGACCUUCCACACCCAUCCCUGCUUUGUGGGGCGCAUGGCCGCCGUGUUGGAGGAUUGUUGUGGAUUUUGCCCGGCCUUCCCGGCGGACUUUGACAUUCACACCUCGGGCUUUGUCCAUGGGCCGCUGGUCUUCCUGGCCGACGAUCCCGGGCGCCAGUCCAUCGGGUCCUUUCGGCCCAUCACCGAGGGCGAUUGGCUCGAGCCGGCCUUGCUCCCCGAAUCCACCGACCUGCUGGCCACGGCGGCGGCCACCGGCAACAUGGCCCUCUUCCGCCGGGCUCUGGAUGUGGCAUCCGAGCGCUUCACCCGCCAGCGGCAGGCGGCCUGCGCCGAGAAGGAGGCCGCCGAUCGGGCCCUCGCCGAGGCUCUGGCCGCGGUGGAGGCGGCCGAAGCCGGCAGCGCCACCGCCACGGUGUCCCUGGACUUCGAGGGGUUUCUGGUGGUGGAGGCCGACGAGGCCACCUGGGCCGAUCGACUGGCGGCCGCCCGGUCGGCCCUUGCCCUGGCCGUGGUGGCCCGAGACCACGCCGCCCGGCGUUUGCACGAUGUCCAUGGCAUACGCCUGGACGCGCGGGAUUCGCUCGGCCGGACCCCCUUGAUCCUGGCGGUGCUGGCCAACCGGCGGGCCCUGGCCCGGGCCCUGUUGGAUGCCGGCUUGCGGUCUCUGCAGGCGGCUGUCCUGCGUCUGCGUCAUUCCACUUGCCUGGACCCCAUGACGGCGGAGGCGGACCGGCGGCUGCUGGCCGAGCUGGAGCCAUGUCUGGAGCUGUCCCUGCCGGAGCAUGUGCAGCCCAACCUCUCGGAGCGCGCCUUCAAUGGCCGGACCCCGCUGCACUUUGCGGCGCACUACAAUCGCCCGGACAUCCUGGCCGACAUGCUGGCAUACAAUCACCAAGUGCGCGAGCUCCUGCUGGAGGCUCGCCGCAUUCGCCGGGCCUCGCGCAUCGGCCCCGAGCAUGCUGCCCCUUCCCGGGACCGGCUCAACAAUGGCCCGGGCCACCGGGCGGUCGCCCCGAAUGCGGUUGACACAGGUGCUUGGGACUUUGCUGGGCACUCGGCGGAUUCCCACAGCAUAGACGGGGGUGCUGCCUCCGCCGAGGGCAGCUCCAAGGAGGGUGGUCCAGAUGCCGACAGUGGGUAUGGCUCGUCUGAGGACAUGUGUGAAUCUGAUGGCUCAUUUGAUGAAGAUGAGUAUGAGUAUGAGUAUGAGUAUGAAGAUGAGUAUGAAGAUGAGUAUGAAGAUGAGUAUGAUGAUGAGUAUGAUGAUGAGUAUGAUGAGUAUGCUGAUGAGCAUGAGGAUGGGCAUGAGGAUGGCCUCGCCCCGGAUGAUUCGGAACUUGAGGACAUGCUGGCCAUGGCCGAGUCCGACGAUGAUCCGGACAUUCAUGUCGCCAGCACCUCCUCCGCCGAGAUCGCCGGCGAUGCCGAUCCCAAGGACGUGGUCGCCAUGCGCGAGGCCUUCGUUUCGGUGGAUUGCGAAGAUUGGGAUGGCCACCUGACCCCCCUGCAUUAUGCCGUGCUCUUCGGGCAUGUGGCCUGCGUGCGGGUGCUCUUGGCCCAUGGGGCCGACGCGUCGCGCCCCUGCCUGCCCUUCGCCGGCAAUGAUCGAGACGCCAUGACCCCCUUGAUGUUGGUGGCCUUUGUGGAGGACAGUGCCGUGGCUGUGGCCCUGGCCCGGCUGCUGGUGGAGGGGGUGGAUUUGGUGGCCAUUGCCCGGGCCGAGUCGGCCGGCCCGGGCCCCAUGCGCUCCCAACCGGCCACCUUGGUGGACAUGCUCCUGACCAGCCAGCUGAAUGUCCUGGGGGUGUAUGCCGUCCGCCUGCGCGGGGACCUGCUGGCCGACUUCGUGGCGAAGUGCUUCCCACCCGAGGCCUUGGGCCCGGUGCUCGCGCAUGUCACCACCGGCCAGCUGAAUCCCCUGGCUCUGGCCAUUCGAUUUGGCUACCAAUUGGCGACGGAUUUCGGCCGGCGUAGCAUGCCGGUCAUUUUGCGCGGAGGGCUGAGCCGUGCCGCCCGUGAGCAAAUGACCGCCCACACGGUGGAGGCUCUGCUUCGCCUUGGUGCGCCGGCCCUCGUGCGGGCGUCCCACCUUGCCGCCUCGAAGGAGCUGUUGCUGCGCGUCUGGCCCGAGGAUCGGCCACCGGGAAUGGAGCAAGCCUACGCCCAUGUCAGGCUCCAUACGCAGCCCUUCCACCUGGCACUGAUGACCCGCCUUCCCCGGGUGCUUGGACUGAUCCUUCAUGCGGUCGCAGCUCCGGCGGAGGAGUUGACCUUCCAAAGCGUCCCCUCGAUGCCGCACAGCUUCAGCAUGCCGCCGUCGAGCCACUCCGCACCCCAGCAACAAGGCACCCAGCAUGCGACUGCUGCCACCCAUGCAGCCAGCAGCGCGGACCGCAGGUGCAAUUUGGCCGAUUUUGUGGUGGCCGCCGCCGCGCAAAUGAUCACCCUCUGCGGUGGUGAUCUCGAGCAGCUGGCGCUGUUACGGAACGCGGCACCGGAGCUCUUCGACCUCGUCGAUCAGAUCUACUCCAAUAACGAGCUCAAGAAGACCACCUCCACCAAUGAGGUGGCUGUCAAUGGGGCCGGCGUCGAGGUGGCCUCCAUUCGCAUGGCCAUGCGUGCCAUCAAGAAGGCCCUCCGGAAUGAGCAUGCCUCGGUGCUUGCCAGCAGCCCGGGGCUUCGGCCAUGCUCCGGCCCGGCCGGCCAGCCCGCAGCCAUGGCCGCCCCGGGGCCCGACUCCUCCGGCUGGCGGCGGACCGGAACCGACGCGGCCCCGGUGGAUUUGGAUGCCGAUUUGGCCGAGGCCCUGGACUUGCCGCCCGACCAUGAGGACUACACCGACGAGCGGCCGGCCGCCGAUGCGCCGCUGUGGCUGAGGAUCGGGGAUGUCAGCGGGCUGGCCAUGCCGGCCGCGCGGCUGUCGGAUCAUGAUGAUGAUGUAUUCCUCCUGCGGAAUGCGAUCCGCCUGCGGGACCGCCUCCCGCGAAGGGUGCGCUCCCCCAUCGGGCGGCUCGACCUGCUGGAGCUCUUCCCCCUGGAGGGCAUGUGCACGGUGCUGGGCACGAUGAAGGGCCGUCGGCAGAUUUUGCGCGAGAUUGACCGCCACGAGGGGCUCCAGCAGGCGGGCCCAUCAGCGGGCCCGGGCCCGGGGGCCAUCGUCACGCUUUUGCUUCGGGACUUGGCCGUCGUCAACUAUAUGCUGGGCCUGCCGGCCGGUGAGCGUGCCGAUGAUCGCGAUGCCAGGCGCUUUGGCAUCCCCGCCGGGGGUGGUGCAGGGGCGGGUCCUUUGGCCGGGGGCCGGGCCGUGCUCGGCGCGUCCCGGCUCAAGCCGCACCUCGUCGAGGCCAUGGAGCAGGCCUCGACCGCCGUGACCGAUGCCAUGUGCGCCCGGCGGGCGGAUUCCUUCCAACGCCUGGAUGCCAUGCGGCGGAUGCUGGCCCAUGAUUUUGGCAUGUGCACCUCCUUCGACCGGAUGUAUGCCGAAGCCGUGGGCGAGGCUGCCCGGCCGAAGCGCACACGGCAGUAUGGCUUCGACGAGCCUGCCCGACUGGCCAGCCAGUUGGUCAAUGAGUUCGGCCGGCGCCGGUGGAAGUCCCUGACCGGCGCCGAGGCGGAGGCCCUUUACCAGGCCGUCACCGUGGAGGCGCUGCAGGCGGCCAUCGCCCACGAGGCGGGAGGUGCUGACGGCCUGGCCGGCCACCAUGGUCUCGAGGCCUUUGCGCGGUGCUUGUCCAUGGCCACGUUGAAGGCAUUGCCGGGGGUUCUCCAGCAGAUGGUGGCCUUCGCGGAGGCGAGUGCCACCGGCGAGGCGACGGCCACCGGCCGGCCGGGCACGCGAGGGGGUCCCCCGCGCCCGGGCACUCGGGCCGCCCCGGCAUCCGCGCCCAAGGAUGCCCCUCCCUUGCGUGUUGCCUAUUGGGCGGCCGGUCACCCGGUCACCGGUCCGGCCAAUGAGGCCAUCUAUCGGGAGCUCUUUGAGGCGGUCUUCGCCGGGGAUCUCGACCGGGUGGCCGACCUGACCGACCCCUCGAAGCAUGGGGCCCGGGUGGCGCUGGUCGAUUGCAAGCUCCAUGGCCAGGCGCAUACGACCCCCCUGCGCAUGGCGGUGCGAUUCUUGCCCCGGCCGGGGCCCAUGGUGGAGCUUCUCCUGGGCCGCCUGGCCAGCCAGUACCGGCCGAAGGUCAGCCGGCGGGCCGUGCGUCUUGCGGCGGAGGACGCCGCGCGGGCCGCCGGGGCGGCGGCCAAGCGCCCCGGCCACGACCCCAAUGUUGCUUUGCUUGCGACGGCGUUCGCCGGUCCGGGCGAUGGCGACCGGUCGGACUUCUCCGAUGAGGAUGCCGGAUACUUGGAUGAGUGGGCAGCCCGCGAGGCGGGCACCGGGCACAUGGCUGCCAUGGGGGUUCCCCUUUCGCGGGCCGAAGCCGCGCAAGAGGCCUGCCACCGCGCCGGCCGGGCCAACCGUCUGGCUCGGCGCGCGGCUCGGCCCGACCAUGGGCCUCAGCCCGACCAUGCGGCCGGGAUGUCGGAGCCGGAGCACCCGGGCCACCGGCGCUUCAGCACCAUCAACCCGAUGUAUUCCCUCCUCCAAUGGCAUGCCUUCCUGCCCGAGGGCCGUCGUCGCCCGGGCCAUGGGGCUGCCCAGCUGCUGGGCCUCCAUCGGCUGACGGCCACCACCGGGGCCAUUACCACCGCCGCGAGGGUCCAAUUGGCGAGCGCUCUCGAUGGCCCCACUGUCCACGUCAAUGACCAUGAGCUGGGGGAGGAUGGGGUUCCCUCGCUGGCGAGCCUGCUCCAGUGGGACGACCAGCGGGCCCCGAUCCCGGGGGAUGCCCUCGGGCGCGACCUGCUCCGGCAGCUGGGCGGCCUGGGCAUGUGCUCGACGCGGCCGCGGCCGCCGCCACCGCCGCCGGGUCAGCCCAUCCGCCUGAGCAUCAUCAAUGAGACCCUUUUCCAUGCGGCCGGGCUUGCCCAGGGCGAGGCGCAUGCCCUGGAGCUGGUGCUUGCCCUUCUGAAUGGUCUCUGCCUGGUGGAAGAGGCGGUCACCCGGGUGGAGGGUCGGGCGGCCCGGGUCCAGGGCCACAUGGAGCAGCCCCGCCCGGCCAUGGGGCUGACCGAGCGCCUGAUGUCCAAUGUGGCGACCGGCCCCGAGGCCGAUGCCGGGCCCCUGCCCUUCCUCCUUGCCAUGGCCAUGGGGCUGCCCCGGUCGGUGUUAUUGCUGCUGCUCCGGCGCUUUGGCGGGGGGAUCAACUUUGCGGCGUGGCCGAUGCCGGCCGAUGCCCGGGUGGCUGCCUCCCGGCGGCACACGGUCCUCACGCGCCCCGGUGCCAAUGCCAUCUUCCGGUGUCGGGCCGACGGGGGCGAGGGGAUUGCCCGGUCGACCGGCAACAUGCUCUUCCUGGUGGACUUGUCCACCGGGUCUGGCUGCCGGGCCGACGGUCCGACCAGUGGCCAUGGGUCGCCGGUUGGGCCGAGCCCCCGGAGCCGGCACCCGCUGAGCCUGCUACCGCUGCCGACGGUGGCCCUGCUGCUGGGGCAGGUGGCUGUGGCUCGGUGGCUGGCGGCCGAUCCGGCACCGGUGCAGGCCUUCCGCGACUUUUGGCACCGGCGCCUGGAGCGCCGGCCGGCCGGGGAGCUCCGGGUCCGCCGGGCGCCGGAUGUCCGGCGCUUGGCCGAGCUGGUGCCGGCCGCCGAGCGAAGUGUCCUGCGUGCCCUCGGCCGGGAGGUGUUCCUCUCGUCGGACCCGGUCGAGCGUGCGCUCUUCCGGUUGGACACCGUGCUCAAGGUCCCGGCCAUGCCCUCCAGCCGGCCGGGCCACACCGAGUACACCACGUCCCUGAUGGCGGUGGCGAUGCUCAAUUCGCGGGCGGCCUUGCGGGACCUUCGGGAAAUCCUCACCGCCGAGCCGUACUGCCUGGACCCGGGGCAGGUGGCCGCCCUGGCGGCCGUCGGCAUGGCGGUCGAUGCCCAUGCCCCGCCCAACAGCCUGCUGGCCUCGGGGUCGAUCGCCAGCCUGGAGGAUCGGCCCCGGGCGGUGGUGUCCACGCGCGAUGUGGCCCUCAGCCCGCUGGCCCUGGCAGUUCGCCUGGGCCUGGCGGACGCGGCGGCCGGCCUGCUGGCCGACAUGGGGGCCGAUCCCCACCAGGCGGAUGCCUUCCGUGGCUGGACCGCGCUGCACCAUGCGGCGCAUGCACACCAGCCGGCCAUGGCGGCCCUGCUUCUGGCGGCCAUGGCCAAGGGCCCCGGCUGCGCCACGGCCCCGGCUCGGCUGGCGGCCCUGCGCCGGGCCCUCUUCGCCUGGAACCCGGUGGCCUGCACCACCGCGGUGCAUCUGGCCAUCGAGGUCAAUGCCCACGGGGUGCUCCGGGAGAUGGCGGUGGCCCUGGCGCGCGAGCGCUUCGCCACCGGCCGGCCGACCGCCGGGCAGGUGCUGCUGGCCCGGGCGGAGCUCUUCCACCCGGAGCACCGGACCCCGGGCGGGUGGGACUCCGCCCUGCAUGUGGCCUUGCGCUUUUCGCAGUUCCCGCUGGCCGCCGAGAUGAUCCUGGCGCUGGGCCUGGCCCCGGCGGUGCAUGCUCUCGGCCCGGCCGCCGUCGGCAUGGAUGUGCUCGGCCCGAUGGCCGACACUUUGCUGGGGCUCCUGGCCGGGGAGGGGGCCUCGGUGGAGAAGCUUCGCCGGGCGAGUGCCACGGCCCCGGCCGCGCCAUCUGCCCUUGUGGACUGGGCCCUCCUUCGUCAGGGGCUCCUGUCGGAGAAUGCCUUCGGCUUGACGCCGGCGGAUCAGCUCUUCACCGGGCACCGGCAAAUCCUCGCUGGCCAGGCCCUGACCAUGGAGGGUCUCGCGGCCAAGGUGCCCCAUGCCUUCGGCAGCAUGGGCCUUCGGUGCUCGGGCCUGCUGCGCGGCCUGGGUGUGGCGGCCCCUCGCCGGGAUGCCGAUGCCGCGGCCGUGGUCGAGCAUUUCACAUCGCCGGCUCGGGCCUUUGCGGCGCUACACUUGCUGGCCAGUGCGCUGGCCUUCGAGCCGGCGGACGGCCCCGGCUCCUCGGCCAGUGCCCGGCGGUUCGUUCCCGCGGCCGAUGUUCACGAUGCCCUCUUCCAUCUGGCCGACCAGACGAUGCUGCGCAUGGAUCGCACCAGCCCGAGCCGGCAUUACGCCGGCCGCCAGCCAGGCUGGUGGAUGUCUCGAUCGCCGGCCGAUGCCACGUCCUCGGCCAAUGGCUUUCUCCGGGUCCCGUGCCAUGAGGGGCAUGCAUCUCGGCCGGAUGUCGCCGUUCAGGCCGUCCUGCCUCCGCUGUUGCUGGGCCGAUUGCUCUUCGACUCGGGAUCCUAG